UGAGGUGAGCUCGGGAUGGCGGAGGGGUCGGGGCCGCCGCGGGGCGGCCGUUAGUCGCGUCCGCCCGCCCGCCCCCUUCCCUUCCCGGGGCGGACGAGAGGGAGGCCAGGCGGGCUGGAGCGCGGCCGGAGCUCGGGCAGAUUAAGUGUUUGAACACAAUACAUGUCUAAGUAUGCAGUCUGCUAAUAUGCUUCUGAAAAAAUUUGUAAGAAGUUCUGUCCUUCCAUUUGCUGCACAACAUGGGAUGAAGAAGGAUUUGUUUCCAGUCAGUAGAACUCUGAGUUUAUCACUUUGCCUGAAGCAGGACAAUUCAUGCAGUCCUUCAGAAAAACUAGAUUUAGAUGCAUGGAAGAAGGUAAUGAAGUCUGGGUUCCAAGAAGAAGUCAGUGAGACGGUCUCUGAGCAUAAGGAGCUUUCCACUUUGGCUGCUGCACGUGAGACUUUGGAGAUGUGGAGACUAGCUGGCAGAUCAGUUCCAGAAAAUAUCACUGAAGAACAGCUACAGACCUUUAUGGAAUGUCCUUCCAAGUCAGCCAAAAAGAAGUACUUAAGAUAUUUGAAUCUCAAAGAACUUUACAAGAAAAACGACAGAAGAAAGAUGGAUGAGAAAAGGGAAAGGAGGCUGGAAACACAAGAGCAAGCUUCAAAAACUGAUGAGACCAAAAGGAAUUCAUUCAUAUGUUUGUGGGCCAGCUGUAUGGAUAGAGCAUACAGUUGGAGGGUUGCUCAGUCUAUGAUCUUUGGCCAACCUCUAGUAUUUGACAUGUCUUACGAAAAAGAUAUGUCCGUCCGAGAAGUCACAAAUACAGUGAGACAGAUAGUAUUAAGUGAAAGCUGCAAUCGAAGAUCUGUGGAUCCGUUCCACAUCCACUUCUGUAACUUCAAAGAUGAUAGCCUCUAUCAUAAGGAAUUUGUCAAGCAUUAUAGAGAUGCAUGGGGCAAAUUGCUUAUCACUGCAACAGACCAGUGCUACACAGACGUGUUUCCAAAGGAUAAGCUUAUCUAUCUGACUGCUGACUCUCCCAAAGUAAUGAAGACAUUCGAUCAUGAUAAAAUCUAUAUUAUCGGGUCAAUGGUUGAUAAGAGCAUAAAAACAGGAGUCUCUUUAGCACGGGCAAAGCGACUGGGGCUGGAGACUGCAGCCCUUCCCUUGGAGAAGUACUUGCUUUGGAAUGCUGGUGCCAAAAAUCUCACAUUGGAUCAAAUGAUGCGUAUUUUAUUAACCUUGAAAGAUACUGGAGACUGGAAGAAGGCUCUGGAAUUUGUUCCGAAAAGGAAAUACUGUGGCUUUGUAAGCAGGCCUCUACAUGAACUGAAAAAAAGCUUAAACUUGAUCAACACACUUAAACUUGGAAAGAGACAGGAAGAAUUACGAAAGCAAUUUGCCAAGAACUACUCUAAGAAGCUAAUGCAAAAGUAGAGUGAUGGGGAAGAGAAUGAUUUUUUUUUUAUGGGCAAACUGUGCCCUUGAAUACCCAGUUUCUUGGGACUUUGGGAACUGUAUUCAGCUCUUUAAAUAUGCCUUUGUUCAUUAAGUUUGAAAGGACUUGUAGUAAGGGAUAUAUUUUUUUUAAUUACCUUAGUAUUCCAGCUGUUUAAAUUUAUUCACGUUAUUGAAAUUAUGUAAGAGAAAAAAGAGAAUCUGUUCUAAAAAAUCACUCUGUACAAAGAAUAUCAGUCUGUUCAGUUGAACCAUGCUAGGACAAGGCUGAUUGUAACUGAAUGCAAAGGUGAUUCUUCAGAGAACACCUCAGUGCUUUGGGUUUGCAAUGGGUGGAGGCCAUCCACAGUCUUGUUCUGAAAGGUUAGCCAAGAGGAAAUAGAAGAGGCCUUUCCCUGUGACUUCCCAAAUCUUCUCUUGCUGUGUAGAUGAAUUGACUUUUGAUGGCUGAACUAAAACCAAAUGGUUAAAACCUAGCAUGAGGUUGCAGAGUUGCACAGUUUGUUUCUGGGUGUUCUAUCUGGCAUGAAUCAAGUCCCUGUUUGGAAGGAAUAAACCAAAUUUUUUGACCCUGC